AUGCGGAGGCGUCGACCACUUCACGGAGCGCCGUCGGACGUCCGCGCGCUCGCGAGACCCUCCCCCUUCGUUCGUCCGUCUGUUCGCGGCGAAGAAACGAACGACGAAAACAUGAACAGCCCCCAGGCGAAGCUCCGCCGCGUGCGCGCGGAGGAGGAAGCGCGCGCGGGCCCGUCCCUGAAGAAACUCAAGACGGAUCUCCUGAAGAAAGUCAUCACGAAGACGAUCGUGAAGGAGCAGCACGCGGAGUCGGUCCGGAAGCUCGAGUUCGAUCACCUCCCUAACGGCGGCAAGAACCUCUUCGCGACCGUGGGCGGGGACUUCGCGACGGUGUACGACGACGCGCACUUUGGCGAUCACGUCGCGGUCGUCCUGCAGGCGCGUUCUAUACACUGGUCCCCAUACGACCGCUUUAAAAACGAAAAGACGACGCACGUCGCCGGCGGGGAUCUCACCGCGUGCUGCUUCGUGAACGGCGCGGGGUACACGAAGCACGAGCUCGGGGACUGCCUCCUCGCGGUCGGCGGCGGCGACGACGCGUGCGUGCAGAUCAUCUCCCUCGUGGAGGGGAGAGUCGUGAAGCUCAUGAGAGGAGGGCCCGAAUCGAAGAUGUUGCAUCUCUCGCCGGCGUCGACGGCGAAGCCGGAACGCCUCGCCGCGCUCACCAGCGACGGCGUCGUGACCGUGUGGGACUGGCGCGAGGAGAAGCAGCUCGGGUCGUUCGCGACGCACGACGCGGUGAGCGUCGCGAUGAAACGCGAUGGGGACGGGGCGUACACCGGGCACCAAGACGGCACCGUCAAGGAGUGGACGUUUCCGUCGGGCGGCGGCGCGUGGGGAAACUUUCAAACCUUAAAGACGCUGCCGGUGACGCACGACGGCGUCGCGGUCGACUGCGUGCGCGUGAUCGGCGAGAGCGGCGACCGCGUGGUUUCAAAGUCCAUCGACGGCAGGAUCAAGGUGUUCGACCUCGCCGCGGAGAAGACGCUGUCGUCGUUUAAGCUCCCGGGCGCGAGGAAGCCGAUAAAAAGCGCGAGCGCGCUCCCACACCUGAGCGAUUUCGGCGUGGACGCGAAGGGCGAGUUCGUCGUCGCCGGCGACGCCGACGGCGUAGUCUGCGUGUUCGACGUCGCGUCCGGCGAGUGCGUCAAGCAGAUUGAGCAGGACAGGGACUUUAAGGAUAAAAACGUCGUUCGCGCGUGCGGCGUUUCGCCGGAUUGCAGGCACGUGCACGCGUGCAUGGGGCCGGGGAUCGUGUGGAGGAUGGAGCAUGUUCCGGAGCUGGAUGACGAGGAGACGGACGGGCCGGGGACGCCGCCGGAGGGGGAGUGCUGCUGAUGAUGAUGAAUAAUAAACGUUCGUUAUC